AAUUUCUUUUAGUUCCUUGUUCCCACACCAUUCGUAUAGUUUCUUUGUCAUUACUCCUUUUGCACCUUACAUCACAGCACAUACUUUGCUUAAGAACACGUCGUAGGACGUCGUAUUACAGGUUUAUUUUGGUUAAGAAUCAUAUAUAUUAUUACUUAUUAACCAAAAAUAUUGUGAUUAAUCUGAUUCUCAUCUGUUCAGUGUAAAAGUAAAAAUUAACAAUUUUAUCGUCGACAUUUGUUUUUCGCUUAAAUUGAGUGCUACUUUGCAAUUUAGCAUUUAAAUAAUAAUGUCGCAAACUACACUGGAGAACUCAAAAGUAAAUGAAUUAAAUGAAAUGUCUUCACAUACUGUAAGAAAUAAAAUCAAACUUCUACAUGUGUUAAAGGAACAUCCUUUGCUAUUGGCAGGUAAUUUGGGAGCUGUGGCUGCUUUUUCUUAUGGUGUAUGGAACUUUAUACACGGAAGACAACGGUUAUCGUAUUAUAUGAUGAAUGCUCGCAUUGCAGCACAGAGUGUAGCAUUAGUCACUAUAUUUAGUGCUCUUCUGUCAAAGGUGAAAUCUGAUGAAUCUAAUAAAUCUGAUGAAUCUAAUAAAUCUGAUGAAUCUAAUAAAUCUGAUGAAUCUAAUAAAUCUGAUGAAUCUAAUAAAUCUGAUGAAUCUAAUAAAUCUGAUGAAUCUAAUAAAUCUGAUGAAUCUAAUAAAUCUGAUAAACAUUGA